ACAUGCAGUCGGUGCAAUCGGCCGGCCCUCCUCAUACAGGCCCCGUCUUCUGUAGGCUGGGUAACUGCACCCUUCCAGUGCGGGCCAACACACUCUGCGGUGCUGGGGACAUUAGGGUUUCUGCGGAGCGCGAUGCCCAGGGACUCCCACCCAGCUGGGCCGUGAAAAAGGCUGACUCCCCUUAAUCGCCGGGUGAGGGACGGACUUAUGGCACAGGUAGAAGCUGGAUGCAGUUUUCUCGUGUGCAGAGGGUGCGGGCGGCGGAUCCAGGACCCCCGCUACGUACAGGCGCUGGACUCCGACUGGCACGCGCGCUGUUUCCGGUAAGAGUUUCGGUCUGCAAGAGUUCGCAAUGUACAGUCCCGCACUUCGAUGUUUAUCACACUGAAAAACAAACCCUCCCGAAAAGCUUUAAUAACAUGACUAACGUGAUAACAUGAUAAGAUCAGGGAGAGGAACAGCCGACUUAUUAUGGAGAAUUUUUGGAGCUGACAAACUUCGCAUUCUGGUUUGAUUUUAUCGUUUUAUUCAUCCAACCCAAAUUAUGACUGUAUCAUACGGUGUUUUAAAACAUCUCUUAAGUAACAUUUAAAUAUUUUUCUCAUGCUUACAUUUAAGUCACUUAGGCCAAACCCGACAGGAAAACAAGCUGUGUCUUGCUCCCCACGCGCAUGUUUGAUGCUGGUGGCCCUGCUGUUUAUUACUCUGAACACAUAAUUCUGCUCAUUGGCUAUUAAAUAAUAGCUGGUAGCUCACAGACAGCCUACUGCCCGUGCAGAGAAUCUAAACGCGGCUAUGCUGGUACUGUAUGCUUCGCAUCCCAGUGUUGUUAUAGCAUCUUUCGAAAUGUCACGUGUUAAAAUGCUAAGAACAUGACAUUUUAGGAAACCAAUGGUGUGUACGCGUUCGAAGCGCCAUCUUGUGGCGAAUAUUGCGAUACCCCUAAUCAAAUAUGUAAUAUAGAGUCACACAUCAGCCUUCAUUUGGAGAAUAUUUAGCGACUGUGACAUUUCAGCCCCUCUGAACUGUGCAUCACCCUGUCAUAAAUGCUCAGAGCUCAUCAAUUAUCCUAUAAUACUUGGCUUAUUGAACAUCUAACGCUAUAUCUAUGGUUGCAAGCCGUCUUAGGGCUAUUGACUCAGUUAUUUAAAAUAAAGGUUAUCUGGCAGGACUCCUGAAUAAGAAAGAGAAUUUAUGGUAUCCAUCAUCAUUAUGACACCCCCCUCCCCCACCCGCCUCAAAGAGUCAUUGGUCACUUGAAAUACUGAUUCUUCCUCCUGACCACCUGGUGUUCUGACCAGAUGGUUUGACCUUUGUAGAAUGAGUUAUAGAAUCUCUGAAUGCACAUAUCAUAGUGUUUGGGUGUUGCUUUUAACUGGAAUUUCUGAAAUAGUGAAAAAACACUCUGACAACUAUAUUUGCUGUGUACGUGUGACUUUGCACAAAAUAAAUUCUUUGGGGUUGAUUGUUUGUGUUUGGACAGGGGGUCUAUUGUUAUAUGGUUGUUUUAUUUUGUGUUGCACUGGGCUGUGUAGGUUACUGAUGUUCCAGAAACCCUGAAUGGGUGGAAGUCAGUCAGCAUUUGAUGUUCUGUAGAGGUUGUGAUGUCUCCCCAGGAAAUCAGCUCACGGAAAUGAGAGAGAGAGAGAGAGAGAGUGAUAAAUAGAGAAGUGUGCUUGCAUAGUUGUCAUGCAAUUUCGAUUAGACUUUUCAGUAACUGAGUGGACCAAAGCUUCAUCUCUGGUUGCUAGUGGUGGGAUAUGUCACGGAGGGACCAGCGGUACAGAAAGCUGAGCAAGGGGAAGUAAGGCUGUGGAGUAAAACUCAUGUUGUAACCAAUAAUCAAAUGAAACUGUUGUGGUAAAAUGUCUUUGGGAGUUCUUUGCAUGGCUAUGGUCAGGAGAGGCUGGCUCCGUUAGAGAUCUUAGAUUUACAUGUGAUGUUAAUAACCUAAAUAAUCACUGUGAGUAAUUCUGUUCUAAGCGAUGUGGAUUUCACACCUAACCAGAAGCUACUUUUUAAGUUAUAAUUUUUUUAUUUGUCCCUUGUCUUUGUAUCUCAUUAAAUGCUUUUUUUGCUCUGGAUCUGACCUGCUGAAGCCGGUAGAGUUUGGGUUGUGGGUGUGCGUGUUGGAGAGAGAGAGAGAGCGGCAGACGUUUGGCCUGACAGCUUGCUGUGGGAAUUCAGGGUGGCCGCCAGUUCGUCAGAGCCACAGCUUCCCGUAGAAUGUGCGGAAAAAAACAGUUAUCCAGUUUAUUUUUGUGAGCUUCCCUCCUAUAACAUGUGACUUCCUGGCAGAUGGAGGUUUUCAUGAGAUAUCUUUAUUUGAAUGAGGCAAAGGGUGAAUAUGAGAGAUAUGAAUAUGGACACACCAUGUUUGGGUGUAUGGGUGCACAGAUGUGGUUUAAUGUGUGGGGGGCGUGUGCUUGCACUUUAUCCACACUUGACAUUUUGUUUCUACCCUCGGAGUACCACUGUCUUCGCAUUGCCUAAACACUCUCUGAACGUUUUUCCCUGGAGUAGGUGCUGUGAGUGCUUGGACUCACUGUCGCACUGGUACUAUGAGAAGGAUGGCCGGUUCUUCUGUAAACGGGACUAUUGGGCCCGAUUUGGAGAGGUGUGCAGAGGCUGCUGUGAAACCAUCACCACAGGCCUUGUCAUGGUUGCUGGGGAACAGAAGUACCACCCAGAGUGCUUUAGCUGCCUGUGCUGUGGGGGGGUCAUCGGAGAUGGGGAUGCAUACGCACUGGUGGAACGCUCCAAACUCUACUGUGGACAAUGUUACCAGAAGAAUGUCGUCAGUCAAGUGACCCAGCCGGACUCCCCAGAUUCCAAGGUCCCACACGUAGUGACACUGGUGUCCAUACCAGCCUCUCCUGAGGGGAACCGGGGCUUCUCAGUAUCCAUCAGCCCGGACUGCAGCUCCAGCACAUGUGGGCCAGAGUGCAGCCCCACCGUGCGCGUAUCAAGUGUGGACUUGAACUGCUGCAGUCCAGACCUGAAGAGCUCCAUGUGCAUUGGGGACCGCAUAUUGGAGAUCAAUGGAACCCCAAUUCAGAAUGUUCCACUAGACGAGAUUGAACUGCUGAUUCAGGAGACCGGCAGGAAUCUGCAGCUGACCGUUGAGCGGAAUCCCCAUGACCCCAGAGAUUUUGGGGAUCAGGUCGACAGCCCAACAGAAGUGGUUCAAUGCAAAAGCAGCCCUGGCUCUGAACUCUCACUCCAUCCAAUUGCCAACAGAGUUCGCACUAAAGUCAUCACACGCAGCUGCAGCAUUGAUAAAUCCCCAGUCCCCCAUGGCUCUUCCUCCCCCCUGUCCCACCGGAGGGACAUCGGGCGCUCAGAGUCCCUGCGAGCUGUGCCUACGGGUCGGACAGAUCGCAUUUUCCGUCCCUCUGACCUCUUCCACGGCCAGGUGUUGGGCAAAGGCUUUUUUGGACAAGUCAUCAAGGUCACACAUCGUGAAACAGGUGAAGAGAUGGUGAUGAAGGAGCUCCUCCGCUUUGAUGAAGACAGCCAAAAGACUUUCCUCAAGGAGGUGAAGGUGAUGCGGUGCCUAGACCAUCCCAAUGUGCUGCGCUUCAUUGGGAUCCUUUACAAGGACAAGAAGCUUAACUUAAUAUCUGAGUACAUCAAAGGAGGUACCCUGAAGGACAUCAUCCAGGACAUGGACAGUAAUUACCCCUGGAAUCAGAGAAUAGGAUUUGCCAGGGACAUCGCCUCUGGAAUGGCGUAUCUGCACUCUAUGAACAUCAUCCACCGGGAUCUGAAUUCAAAUAACUGUCUGGUCAGAGAGGACCAGAGUGUGGUGGUGGCUGACUUUGGCUUGGCCCGCCUCAUGGUAGAAGAGCGGAAUCCAGGCAGGCUCCCCCAAGCUGGGCUAACGGGCCUGCAGAAGUCAGACCGGAGGAAGAGGUACACGGUGGUCGGUAGCCCGUACUGGAUGGCACCGGAGAUGAUCCUCGGUCAAAGUUAUGACGAGCAUGUGGACAUCUUCUCCUUUGGAAUAAUGCUGUGUGAGAUAAUCGGCAGGGUGAACGCUGACCCGGAUUAUCUGCUCCGCACUGUAAACUUUGGCCUGAACAUCAGAGACUUCCUAGAGCGCUACUAUCCACCUGAAUGCCCCAUGGCCUUUUUCCCCAUGGCUGCUCUAUGCUGUGACCUGGACCCGGACCAGCGGCCCUCCUUUGCCAAGUUGGAAGAAUGGCUCCGCAACCUGUCGAUGCAUCUGGCCAUCCGGCUCCCCCUUGCCUCCGAGCUGGACCAUGUCCACCAAACCUUCUGGCAGAGCCACACCCAGCCCAAACACAAGGCAAACGCUCCCCCUGAGUAGCUUGGGUGUCUGGAGCCUUACUCCAAUGCUUGCAGAGCUAUACCUUACUGGGCCAUAUUUAAUGCACAAGGAACUCGUCAUCUCAUUAUUCCACAGGAAAUGCUGUAUAAUAGGAGCACUUGCUGAAUUCUUCGUAGGUUUUGUAUUUAGUACGCAGGUAGGAAAAUGGUACUUCCUUUGAAUUAGUCUCCUCUAUCAUUUCCAGAUAACUACUGUCAUAAUGGCCGAACUGAAUGAUGGGCCAUUGACUUGGCAAAAAAAAAAAACUGGCAGCUGAACUCAAGAUGCUGUAUUACAGAAAAUACACAGGAACUUGACUGAUCAUGAAGGCAAUAGGCGGCGAAGGAAGUAUGUCUGCUUGGCCCUGUGUGAAUGUAAACAAGGCCGAAGUCUGCAGAGGAACCAAUGUCAGCUGAUAUGUGUGUCUCCAGGUCAUCUGUGUGCAAACUAUAAUUAUUGAGGUAAAGACAGAAGUUAUGCUGGUUUUGGCAGAUAUGUCUAACCCCAUGACCCUGUGGAUGAUAUGUGUUAGGGGUUCUCAGCCUUUUGAUGACUGGACUACAGACUGGUAAAGCCUGUCACCCAGGGGUUGGGAAAUACUGAUGUGUGUGUUUGCAGUGUUAGUCUCUGUAAUGUUGCAGUGACCCAAGCUCAUUUGUCGGUGUACUGCUAGAGCAUUUCUCACAUGAAGGUUUGUUUAAUUUGCAGGUAAAAUUCAGUCUCAUCUCAUGUGUUCCACCUUUCACCAUAAUGUACGCAACCAAUACCCAUGUUACCUCACAAAACUCCCCAGUUCUAUGUGUGUGGAGUUUGCAUGCUAUUCCCAAUAUACUCGUCGGGUUUCUUCUGGGUCUACUGUUUACCCCCACAGUCCAGAAACAUGCUGAGGUGAAUUGGAGUUACCAAAUUUUCCAUAGCUGUGAAUGGUGUGUGAGUGAAUGGUGUGUGAGUGAAUGGUGUGUGAGUGUGCCCUGUGAUGGGUUGGCGCCCCAUUCUAGAUUAUUUGUAAUUAUUAGGAUUGACUCAGGACCCUCGUGACUUUGUAUAGUAUCAGCAGAUAUGGAAUAUGGAUGGAUAGAUGGAUAAUUUCCAAUAAGCAGUUAUCUGGGUCAUGGUGAAUAUUAUACAUGUUUAAAAUGAUUCUGUGUUAAAGUACAUUUUUAUGCAGAAGUUUUCUGGCCACGACCCCCUGUUAACUUAAAAAGAGCUAGACAUCAGAAUGUAUCCACAUAGAUGAUACAUGAAGAUGUAAAAUGCACUGUAUAAGUACACUUGAAUAUGUAUCCACGUUUUACAUACAAACAUAUAUUAUGGUUUACAUUUGAUAUCAUUUGUUAAUAUUUUAUGUAACAUGGCCAUUUAUGCAGGCCGCAAUUUAAAGAACCAGUUUUCUGGUGAACCUCCUUUUUAAGCAAAUUAUAAUUUAGUUUGUGGUAUUUUUUUGUACAAAUUGAAUUAAAUGUACCUACAGGUUACAAUGUCACCUCCAUGUUCAAGAUGUGUGAGUUACACUCAGUAAUUUUGGAAUAACUUAAAGAUCUGAAAUAAUGUGGUUGCCAUUCUUCUGUUUACUGAUUUGACUUUUUCUCUGAGCCAGAUGACUAUACUUGAUGAGGAAUUUGUAACCUUCACCCCUAUGUGAAGCGUAGUGAAUCGCAGCCAGCAAGCGGUCUCAUGUAGCAGCUGAAAUGCUGUAGCUGCAUUCCGUGUGUGUAGCUGGUAAUAGGAUGUUCCCUCGGGUGGCCGCUGUUUGGCUCACAAUUUUACGUAUUUGUCUCACCUCAGAAAAUCGUUUGAUUUGGUGUAAAAACAUACAGUAUGUGAAAUUUUAACAAAUUAUUUAAAAAAUGUACAGGUAGCUCAAUGAGGUUGAAGUGUGCUGUCUUAUUGUCGGAAUUUGCAGAAAUGCAUAGAACGCAAUGUUCGUGUGAUCAUAAGCCAUAUGUCACACACAGUACGGAAAUUUCUAGUUGUCAAGCAGUAAUACGUAUAUUUUAAAUAAUCCCCUUUAGGCCUAUCACGGUUGUAUGCAGACUUUGUUUUAAUGAUUUUAUACAAGGCACUUUCACAGUCAGUAACACCGUCUGCCAGAAAAUGGAUAACACACUAUACUCACUGUAGUGACUACAGCAAUGAAAAAACAAUAUCACUUUA